GGUUUAGACGUCAUCUUGUUGGAACCAUCAGACCACAAUUUGUUGUAUUAAAACGCACUAUAAUUCGUACACAUAAUUUUAUGAUAAAUAAUUAAAAAAAAAAAUAGAGACAUUUUGAAUUCCAGAACCGAUCCGGUCUUCUCCUUCAUUUUCUGGGUCUUACUGUUACUCAGUGUAUCGUCGUAGCCGUGGUGGUGUGUCGUACGUGCGUACAAGCAAGAGAAGCAAAACAAAUAAGAAUUAAAGAAACAAACCUUCUGAGAAAAACUCACCAAAUUUUCAUAUAGAGUAGAGAACCGAGAUAUAUGUAGGUACACCUAAAUUACGAGGUGCUCUUUUUUAAACUCGGCGGGUCUGGGUCUUGUUGAUUGCCUUCGCCUUGUCGUUGUCACAGAGGAAAAGAAUCUUUUCCUCGCUCAAGCUCAUACUCAACUUAUAUCCUCAUUCCUCGAUAAACUUUAGCCAGAGGAGGUGUUUCGUGUUUUUGUCGUGUUGUCGUCUUCGCCGCCGCCGUCCGUUGUCGCCGGUAGACAUAUCCACUGUAUAGAGUUGAAAAAACAAAAACGAUUACGAGAUUGUUGGUGUUUUUUUCUUUGAUCGAUUUAAUAAUCAAAAUUCAUUGAAUUGAUAAGAGCAUAAUACUUAUAAAGCACGUUACUCGGUCGGGUGAUAAAUUAAUUAUUUUCAAGGAGAUUCUUCGUUAGUUUUAUUCUAUAUACUUGUACAUUGUUAAUUUAUUUAUUUUUUUCAUUUAUCGUUGUCGUUUUCAUCGUCGUCGUCGUCUUCGUUGUCGUCCCCCACUGUGUGGUGUGUGAGAGGCUAGCAUUGACCUCUAUUUGACAUCUACUGUCGUUGCUCGUUGAAGAAUUAAGGAAAAGAGAAAAAUAAAUAAAGCAAGAAGAUGAUGCGAAGGUUUUCACGUGUUGAGUCCACUGGUGACCUCAAGGAUUACUUUGAUCGUGGAGAUAUUGCUUCACGAGAGAAUCGAUGGAAUUUCGAGAUCGCAUGGGAAGUUGCCAAUAAAGUUGGAGGAAUCUAUACUGUUAUUCGUUCAAAAGCCUAUGUAUCUACGGAAGAAAUGGGAGAGCAGCUGUGCUUAAUGGGACCGUACAAAGAGACUUGUGCACGAACGGAGAUGGAAGAAAUGGAAUUUCCACGUGGUAAUCCUCUAUUGAAAGCAGUAAAUGCAUUAAGAUCUCGUGGCUAUAAGAUACACACUGGACGUUGGUUGGUCGAUGGUAAUCCCCAACUGAUCUUAUUCGAUAUUGGUUCAGCUGCAUGGAAACUUGAUGGCUUUAAAACGGAACUGUGGGAGAAAUGUAAUGUUGGUGUUCCACACAUGGAUGUAGAAACAAAUGAUGCUAUUAUUUUGGGCUAUAUGAUUGCAGAGUUUUUGGAAGAGUUUAGAAAUUGUGCUGUUGAAUAUUCAGAAGAAAAUGAACUGCAAAGUCCACGAAUUUGUGCUCAUUUCCACGAGUGGCAAGCUGGAGUUGGUCUUAUAGCUUUGCGAACACGCCAUGUUGAGAUUGCCACCGUUUUUACAACUCAUGCUACACUUCUGGGGCGGUAUCUGUGUGCAGGCAAUACGGACUUUUACAAUAAUCUUAGUAAUUUUGCUGUUGACGAUGAGGCAGGCAAACGCCAAAUAUAUCAUAGAUAUUGCAUAGAACGUGCAGCUACACAUCUAUCGCACGUCUUUACCACUGUAUCCGAAAUAACUGGUUAUGAAGCUGAACAUUUGCUAAAACGAAAGCCAGAUAUAAUCACGCCCAAUGGAUUGAAUGUUAAGAAAUUCUCAGCUAUUCAUGAGUUCCAGAAUUUGCAUGCUGUAGCCAAGGAGAAGAUCAAUGAAUUUGUGCGUGGUCAUUUUUACGGUCAUAUGAAUUUCGAUCUGGACAAAACCCUUUACUUUUUCAUCGCUGGACGAUACGAAUUCGGAAAUAAAGGUGCUGACAUUUUUAUCGAGUCACUUGCUAGGCUAAAUGCAAAGCUUAAAGCUGAAAAACCAGACACCACUGUGGUAGCUUUCUUGAUUUUCCCAGCCAAGACAAAUAAUUUCAAUGUUGAUUCACUGCGAGGACAUGCUGUUGUAAAACAAUUACGUGAUACUAUAAACAAUAUUCAACAAGUUGUCGGAAAGAGAAUGUUCGAUACGUGUCUAACUGGACGUAUUCCAGAACCAGACGAAUUGUUAACUAAGGAAGAUUUAGUGAAGAUCAAGAGGUGUUUAUUUGCAAUGCAAAGAGAUUGUAUGCCACCAGUGACAACACACAAUAUUGUUGACGAUUGGAAUGAUCCCGUCCUAAAUUCCGUUCGUCGUUGCAAGCUAUUCAACACGGUACACGAUCGCGUUAAAAUAGUGUUCCAUCCAGAGUUCCUAACAUCGACAAAUCCUCUCUUCGGUAUUGAUUAUGAAGAAUUUGUUCGUGGUUGCCAUUUAGGAGUAUUCCCAUCUUACUACGAACCCUGGGGUUACACACCAGCUGAGUGCACAGUCAUGGGAAUUCCAAGCAUAACCACCAAUCUAUCAGGCUUCGGGUGUUUCAUGGAGGAGCACAUUCAAGAUCCCAAAUCCUAUGGUAUCUAUAUUGUGGAUCGUCGUUACAUUGGUCUCGAAAAUAGUGUCCAACAAUUAUCAAACUUUAUGUUGGAGUUUUGCCGUCUGAAUCGUCGCCAACGUAUUAUUCAACGAAACCGAACAGAAAGAUUGAGUGAUUUACUUGAUUGGAGGCAGCUGGGCAUAUAUUAUCGACAAGCAAGAGUUAAGGCCCUACAAGCUGUCUAUCCAGAUUACUUAGAUGAAAGUUCUAUGUAUGGAUCACGUAACAAUUUGAGUUUUUCACGUCCUUACAGUGAACCACCAAGUCCAUCAUCUUCAAGACACACAACUCCAGCUCCAUCUGUACAUGGUUCAGACGAUGAAGAUUCCGUUGAUGAGGAGCACGAGCUAAAAGAGCUCGGAAUUACAAAUUGAACAACAACUUAAACUCUAUAUGCCAUUUAAUGUUUUCUUUUUUCUCUUAGUCAAAAUUAUGUGUGACGUUUUAUAAUCGUAUUACAAAGAGUGUUCCUCAAUACAACAAAAUACUUGUACAAAAAUCAUAA